GUUAACUUCCAUGUGAGGUGUAGACACGAUUCACCUGGGUGAAACAUUUUAAAAUGUGACUGGACGUACCGUUGGGUCCUUAUUCGUGUAUUCAUCGACGAUUUGUGUAGCUGAUUGCACGUGGUCAUGUAACAUUGUCAGGUGUAAAAUGCCCAUCCACUGCUCAUCUAAAUAUCGUCACAGCUAGCAGUACACACUACUGUUGUGAUGAAGGGCAGCAAAUUUGUCGUUAUAAGCCGAGCUAAGCUAAACACAUCUUUAACAUGUUGUUAAGAUCAGUGUGUGCACGUGUAACUCCACGCCUGUAAUCCACAACCACUGAUGCAUUAUGGCUCCACGUUAGCGUUUAAGCAAGAUAAUAAUAAGGAUCAUGAUUUUCCACAUGUCUGUGCGCUCCAACCCAAUGUUGCGGAAAACCAGCCUGGCUUUGUGGAGAGCAUGGAGGUCAUGGAAGUCAAGCAUGCACUCUCCUACAGCUGGUGCAUCCUCUGGUCCUGGUUCCAGGGAAAGAUCUGAGGAACUGUCUUCUGUUUUGACUGAAAAGCCUCCUCACUCACCUGUCAUGCUCAAAGAGGUGCUUCAUUACUUAGACAUCCAAGCUGGUCAGGUGGUCCUGGACAUGACAUUUGGAGGUGGUGGUCAUACCAAAGCAAUACUGAACACAGCUCCUGAAGUUACAGUCCUGGCCUUAGACCGAGAUCCUACAGCAGUUUCUCUGGCCCAGCAGUUAGCCAAGGAACACCCUGGUCGUGUGAAACCGUUACUUGGCCGAUUCAGCGAGCUUGAGGUCCUGCUGUCUAACAUGAACAUUCAGCCAGGCAGCAUUGAUGCUGUCCUGUUGGAUGCCGGCUGCUCCUCCAUGCAGAUGGAUCGGGCGGAGAGAGGCUUCUCCCUCAGCAAAGAUGGGCCCUUGGAUAUGAGAAUGGAUGGAGAGAGGUACCUCGACAUGCCCUGCGCUGCUGACGUUGUGAAUACCUUAGAUCAACAGGCUCUUGCAUCCAUCCUCACUGCAUAUGGGGAAGAAAGACAUGCCAGGAAAAUAGCUUCAGCCAUUGUGGAGGCACGCCGUGUCAACCCCAUCACCCGGACACAGCAGCUGGCCAGCGUGGUGGCAGGAUCACUUCCUGCUGCUGUUGCCUAUGCACGUAAAGACCGACUCCACCGACCUGCACAUGUGGCUACUAAAACUUUCCAAGCUUUGCGAAUAGUUGUGAAUGAUGAGCUGAAUGAAUUACAUGCAGGCCUGCGUGCUGCCCAGGCAGCACUGAGAACUGGAGGACGUCUGUGCGUGAUCACCUUUCACUCGCUAGAAGACAGACUGGUCAAACGUUUCCUCCGGGGAGAUGACUUGUCUAAUCUAGAUCAGUAUCACUUCAGCCCAAGGAAGCAAAGCACCAGGAGGGAAAAACAGGCAGAUGAAAAAAGAGAUGGCGGCAGUGCUCACUGGGUUCCUCUGCGAAGAAAAGUGAUCACCCCAGAAAAGGACGACGUACAAGAAAAUCCUCGAGGACGGUCAGCUAAACUCAGAGCAGCACUCAGACGUUGAUUAUGUAAAAGAAGAAAUUUUUUCUCAUUUCAUGAAAACGUUGGAGCUCGGUCAGUUGUUCCAGUGAACGUAACUGGCCGUUUUUUUGUUGGUGGGAAGCCAGUGAGGGUUUCGUCCUUGAUGCUGCAACUCCUACUGGUGAGUUAGGGCACUGCACAGUGAUGGGAGAAUUUAGGGCAAAGGAAAGAAUUAAUCUCCCAUGCAAUAUGCCCACUGGUAGAAGCUCAGAUUUUUAUUUUUUUAUCUAGUAUUUUUCCCCCCCUUUGGCAGGCAACAAAACUUGGUGGUGACAUUGUGUGUCACAAAUGUAGAAUAUGUCUAAAGUCCUGUCCAGGACAACAGGAGUUUGGAGAGAUAAAGACUGUAUGCAAAACUGGAAUAACACAAAAAAUAUAUAUGUAACAAAAUAAUCCAAACUCAAAGGUUCACUCAGUAGCUUCAGAGCUUUUAGUGUCUCAUCGUCUUGAUUCAGUGAAUGGAGCUGGUUCAGGCUUCCUCUGGAACCUGCGUGUGGACCUUGGGUCAUAUGAUGUAUUUUUCCAGAUGUAUGUAGGUUACUUGAGGGCACCUGAUUUCAGCUCCAUACACUGAUGAAGACUCAUCAGAUGCUGUUGAGAACUCUGAAAACUGCUAAGUGGACCUGUGAUCCAAGAUUAUUUUGCUACAGACACUGGUGCCAAGGGUAAAGAAUGAACUUCCAUGCUGUUAAGGCUCAGUAGUAAUUAGAGGAAGCAGUUUACAAUUUAAUAUAUACGUACAAUUUCUUAUUGAAUUAAGAGGUUGGCACUUCCAAAUCCCAGUCUGUUUUUGUCUUGCUGAGGUGAGAGCCACAACUGUGAACAUAAAAUUAUAUGAACAUAAAAAUACAAGUGUGGUGGAAACCUUUUAUAUAUCAGUUCAUGACACAAGUGUAACAUCACAGACACCUUUGGUUUGAUACAGAGCUGUAAUGAUAUUGUAUGUUAAAGUGACACAUUUGCGAUUACAUGGAUUUAAAUGAAGAAAAAUUAAAACAAAAUCAAACAAAAAAAACCUUUUUCCACUGACGUUUAUAUUUCCUCUGAACCUCCCUUGAUGAGUAGCUGGAGCGAAACCUCUACUGUACCGUAUGAAUCAGUAAUGCCACUAAAUACUGAAUGACGCAAGUGUCAGAAGUGGUGCUGAAUGAGCUGGGUGGUUGUUCUUGAGCAUUCUCUCACCUUCGACUGUAAGCAGAUGAGGUGUUUUGAUCUUUACUAUUUGACUUUGACUAAUUGUAAUUGCUCCAUCAAGAUUAUUAACACUUUUUUUUCUUUCUGUGUGCACUCUAAAUAUACCCUUCUUGUUACCUUGGAAACUAAAUGGCGCAAGUAACAUUUAACUGUGUCUAAAAUUAUAUGCUGUUUUAAUCUGAUAUGAAGUGAUGCCAUAUCGUGAGUUUGAACGUCCCUCCCUUUUGACAUCAGUGGAUGUCAGUUAAUGCAAAUUACCGUCCCUGCUGAUCAAAUAUGUCAGGACAUUUGAUCUCUUGGAAACUUUGUUUCUAUUUUAUUGCCAUAAGAUCUCUACUGACUCACACUGUUUACCACGUAUCAGGUGGUGAACAUGAGUGAGAAAACAGAGAAAAUGUUACGCGUGACUUAAUUUCACGUGACACUGUUCAUAUAAAUAUAAAAUAAUAAUGAAUCGUGGGAGAGAUGUCCAUUUUUUAAAGUGAAUAUUUUCCUUAUUGAACAUUAUUUUUCUAAAAGAUUUAACCCUGACAUUUUUAAGUGGUCUUUUGUGCUAUGACCAUUUUACCUGGUACGCAGGAUGUGAUGUCGUCAUGCAGACGUGUGUGUGUGUGUGUUUUAAUACAAUCUUCUGAACACAAACAACAGACAUAUGCAUGUGAAGAGGUCAAGUGCAUUGGCUGAUGUUAUCAGACCUCUGUAGUUAUCUCUGCUUGGGCCUACAUUAGCUGCUCCGAGGAUAACAUACCCAGAUCUCUGAUCAGUCGGUGGUUGAGUUGCAUUGUGGGCAGUGGAGGCUACAGGUUUUGACAAGGAAGGAGAAAGUACAAAAUAAAAAAGACAAUAUAUCUCAGGUUCUGCUGCAUUGAUUGAUACUUUUAUUUUACUGUCCACAGUCUUAAUGGAGUGUAAUGCUAAAUAUCUACAAAUAUAAUAAUAUAUAAUAAUAAUAUAAUUUCCACUUUAUGCUACUUUACACCUCCACACCAUUACAGUUCAGUGGCAAUUUUUCAGCUUUUAUCACGACCGUUAUUUGACAGAUAACAUUACUACUUACUAUUUAACUGUUACUUGUAGUAUUAAUACUAUUUACCAAGACUGUACAGUAAAAUAGCCAUUCUCCUUCAUAUUGAUCACCUUUACUUUUGAUAUUAGAGUCCACUUUCCAAGUAAGACUUGAGAAGUGAAAUCAAUAAAUAUAUUUUGAAUAA